GACAGCCCUCACCAACUUUAUAUUCCUCUUCUUCUUAUUGUUCUUCUUCAUCACCCAUUCCCUCUCUUAAAAAUGGUUGAAACUUUUCCAAUUACAACAUAUUUCAUGCUACUAUUUUUAUUUUUAAGUUUUUUGGUGUCCACCUUAGGAGAGCCAAAGCUAAGUACAAAUUGUCGUUCAUCCAAGCUCCAAAACCCUGUCUAUCAAAAUAGAAAGCUCCAAAACCUUGAUAUCAUAAGUAAGCUUCGUGAUGACCAUGAUGCCAUUAAAUUAGCCUCUAGUGAUUAUGGCAAUAUGGUUCACGAGAUUCCAGCCUCAAUUCUUUAUCCAACUUCUAUAAAUGAUAUUGAAACCUUAAUAAAAUUUGCUCACAAUAAUUCUGCUCCUUUUACUAUAGCUGCUAGAGGCCAAGGCCAUUCUGUCCGUGGACAAGCAAUGGCUCGUAAUGGGGUUGUUGUGAACAUGAGAUCCUUGAAAAAUCAUAGAAAUGGGUUUGGAAUCACUGUCUCUGAAACCCCAUCAAUGGGUUUUUUUUAUGCUGAUGUUGGUGGUGAACAGCUUUGGAUUGAUGUUUUGAAUGCCACACUUGAACAUGGACUUGCACCGGCCUCAUUCACCGACUAUUUGUACCUAACUGUUGGAGGGACACUCUCCAAUGCAGGGAUUAGUGGCCAAACCUUCCGUUAUGGUCCUCAGAUCAGCAACGUGUAUGAAAUGGAUGUCAUCACUGGGGAAGGUGAUUUUGUUACUUGCUCCCCAGAAAAGAACAGGAAGCUCUUUUAUGCGGUUCUUGGUGGUUUAGGCCAAUUUGGGAUUAUAGUCAGAGCAAGAAUUGCCCUAGAGCCAGCUCCAAAGAGGGUCAAGUGGGUUCGAAUGCUUUAUAAUGACUUCUCUGCAUUUACUAAAGACCAAGAGAGCUUGAUAUCACUCAAUGGAAGGAAGCAAAACAAUGCACUUAAUUACUUGGAAGGUUUACUUCUCAUGGAUAAGGGUACACCAGAAAAUUGGAGAUCAACCUUUUUUCCAUUAUCCGAUCACUCCAGAAUUAUUUCCCUUGUGACCAAAUAUGGCAUCAUCUACUGUAUAGAAGUAGCCAAAUAUUAUGAUGACUACACUCUUAAUUCAGUGGACAAGGAACUCCAAGUUUUGUUCGAAGGGUUGAGCUUUAUUCCUGGAUUUACAUUUGAGAAGGACAUCUCAUACAUAGAUUUUCUGAAUAGAGUCCAAAGUGGAGAGCAAAAGCUUCAGUCACAAGGACUAUGGGAUAUUCCUCAUCCAUGGCUGAAUCUCUUUGUACCAAAAUCUCAUAUCUCAGAUUUUAAUUCCAUUGUUUUCAAGGACAUUGUUCUUAAACGUAACAUUACCACAGGACUUGUCCUCGUUUACCCUAUGAACAGGAACAAGUGGGAUGAUAGGAUGUCUGCGGUUAUACCUGAUGAAGAUGUGUUCUACACCAUAGGCUUUUUACAUGGAAGUGGGUUUAAUGACUGGGAAACCAUUGAUUUACAAAACAAGGACAUACUGCAGUCUUGUUAUAAUGCCGGUGUUGAAGUUAAACAGUAUCUUCCCAAUUACAAGACAAUGGAAGAUUGGAAAAACCAUUUUGGCAUGAAGUGGAGAACUUUUCAAGAGAGAAAAGCUCAGUUUGAUCCGAAAAUGAUACUAUCACCAGGACAAAGAAUUUUCAAUAACAAUUGAAGCAUAAAUGUAUUAGCUAGUGUGACUGGAGUGUAGGUGUAGUGAAAAUAUAUAUUUCUAUCCUUCGCCUUUUGUAGUAGAAGUUUCACUUUUUUACUUCUCGUACUAUUUAUGCCUUUUUUUCUUUUUCCUUUUUUGUAUCAUUAGCAAUCAGUAGUUAUGAGAAUUAAAUUAAUAAACAUAAUCUUGAUGGUC